UGUGUAGUAAUAGCCACAGAAUGCCUUUAGCUCAAUGAUCGCGUCAACUCUUUCGGACACCUAGAAGCGAGUGUAUAUGCCUCCGUACGUAACGCAAAGGUAAACAAUCAUACUUCGCAUACAAUACAGCGCGCGUUGCCUCGCUGAAAGACCCGAACCAACCAUGCAGCUUUUCAAGUAUGGUGUGUAGUGAAACAGCAUAGUGCAAAACAACCCCGUUGCCAUCAUUUGCGUUUAUGAGAGAAGGAUAAGGAAUUACAAAGCGCAGGUCCUGCAGACCUCCUCGAUCGACAACGAAACUUUCAGUUCCCCGAACGGCUAACAUCGAGGGCGGCAGGCGCGAUCCUCGUCCGUUUUACGAUAGGGCCAUGGUGUACUCGACUGUGUUGGUCUAUGUAUGACAUUGGCGCGAGACGUGACGCGUGAAACGAAAAACAGAUACAAAGCGGUGUGUGAACACUUGUGUGCGCCACCGUCAAGAUGUACGCAAAGCAAACUCACGCGAAAGUUGCUAGUGGUGGAGGAGGAGGCGGUGGAGGCGGUAGACAAAGCAUAAAGGCAGAAUAUCAACCCGGUAGCAAAGCGGGUAGUGGUGUGUCCGGUGUUGAGCGUAGAGGUAGUGCGGUUUACGCGCGGAAAGCAUCGGUCGUCAGCAACAGUAGUGACGUGUCGAACGAUGAUUACGAGGAGGUGAAACCGGACCGUCAGGUUAGCUCGCACCUGCUGGAUCAUGGUUACGGCUGCGGAGUUGCGUCGUUUCCGACCGUGCCGGUAAUGUCCGCACAGUCGGUACAGCAACCAACCCCAAAACAUCAUGCUGCUGCCUCCGAGCAGCAGCAGCGUGGCCAUCAACACAUUAGCAGUAGAAACAAUCACUCCAAUGGGAGGAGCAGCCAUCAUCACAGUACGCCCACUUCAACCAGCAUGCCAUCGUCCUCAGCGCAGACAGCUGCUCGUAGCGGUGGCAAACAGCAUCAGCAAGAUCAGGCAGAGCAGCAGCAACACCAUCACUAUAGCAACAACAAGCAGAAUGUGGCGGAUCCACCGAUCACCAAUUUCUUCAGGGCCAUUAAACGAUCGUCGCAGUCGUCGAGCAUAUCUCCCACACCGGCCAAAAUUGCCAAGAGUAGCAAUGCGAAGACACCCAACUCUACCUGCUCUACACCAACGUCGUCUAUAUCGUCCUCUUCCUCGAAGAAACGCUAUUCGGAACGAACUAGGUACGACACGUCGCUUGGGCUGCUGACGAAAAAGUUCAUCGAUCUGCUGAACGAAUCACCGGACGGUGUGGUCGAUCUGAACAUUGCCUCGACGAAGCUGAAGGUGCAGAAGCGGCGCAUCUACGACAUCACCAACGUGCUCGAGGGCAUCGGAAUGCUGGAGAAGAAGUCGAAAAACAACAUCCAAUGGAAGUGUGGCAAUACCGUGUGCAAUAUCGACCGCAACACGCGAAUACAGCGCGAACGGUAUCGACUGCAACAGAAGGAAAACAUGCUGGAGGAGAUGAUCGUCGAGCUGCGGUCUGCCACGAACGAGGAGAUGGCGCACACGAAGCAUGGCUACUUUACCUGUCAGGAUCUGAGCUCGAUGGAGAUGUUCCGCGAGCAGACGAUCGUUGUUAUUAAGGCGCCACCAGAGGCUAAGCUGGAGUGGAUGAACGAAAAGAUGCAACGGGAAAUAGUGCUAAAGUCCGAGAAGGGAGAAAUCGAUGUUUUUAUCUGUCCAACUGAGGAUUCUGGUGUAAUCGAUAGUCCGGCAGUGAUUGCUGGCGAUCCACUACUGGAAAACUUCGAACCUGUACUAUCACCUUUCCAGCGCAUGGAUAGAACUUCCAGCCCAAGGAAAGGUUUAACGAGACCGUCCCCCUACGCGGCACAGCGCAAUCUCAACCGUGCAUUGUUCGAGGAAGGGUCUGCGAUGAAGUGUGAUCCCACGGAAGGUGUAUCCGGUAGGGACAACAGCAUACAGACGGCCGUAGCGUCGCUGUUCAAUCUAUCCGGUGCGAGUGUACCGCAGAAGGUGGUGGUACAUACCGAGCGGUACGAAUCGCCCAUGUGCAACAUGCUGGGCACGACCAGCGGCAGCAGCAGCAGCCGCGCGUCCGGUGCAAUCAAUGGUAGCAGCUAUUACCAUGGUUGCGACUCAUCAUCCCCAGCGGUAAUAGAUCAAUCCGAGUUGCAUUUCGAUGCUAGUCAGACAACGACGACGAUGAUCGGGUCCACGGCGAUAACGUCCAAGACUGGCGCGAGAGUUAAAUCCGAACAUGUGCCUGAUAGUAGUAAUAGUAGAAGUAGCGACAUAAUGCCCCCAAUAUCGGCGGAUAGUGGCGUAUUCGUAUGGGGUGACGGUACGAUGGAUGGUGACGAUCAUCAUCACCAUCCUCACCACCACGUGGGAGGAAUUCCAACGUCCACGGCGACGUCGGCGUCGUCCUCAUCUUCCUCCAUGCUGUCCGGUGGCGUUGGAUUGGGACAUCUCAACAACAACAACCACCUCAACAACGGUGGCAAAGUGACGCCGGAGGAGAUCACCAACAAGAACGCGUCCCUGUCGGAUACGAAACUUAGUCCAAAUCUGUUCCAGUACGAUUACCCCAUGUCGGCGCUAAAGCCACCGAGUGCCAAGUCCUCACCGGAGAAUCUUCAUCAGCGUUACGGGUUAUCGGAUUUCGACGAUCUGGACAUUUUCUUACCAUUGGAACCGACCGCCGACUACAAUCUGGCGCUGAAUGAAUCUGAAGGUGUGUUCGAUUUGUUCGAUUUCAACUCCUGAAAAAGCAGCUGGCAGAAGCCGUAACAGCGGGAUGUCACCACCGGCAAACGGUCAACUGCGUGCAUCCUUUAACGUCGCUGACAUGGGUGACGUUUGCAUACAACAAUAAUCAGGCCAGCAUCUUUAUCAUCAAUCUUUAGCAUCUAAUUUUCACAAAACAAAACGAUACGCUUUCAUCGAUACGGUGUGUUGCGGGAACGUUUCACCACUCUGCUACAAACCUUAUCAUUAUUCAAUGCGACAACACACAACAGGCAGAGUAGUGGAAAUUGGAAGAAGGGUUACAGCAAUUUAGCGCGUAACUGGAAAUUGGCACAAACGCGGUGGUAAAGUAGGGUUGUUUUCCUUUAGUAGUGCAAACAUAAGCAUAGUAAUUUUAAGCCAAAAGGAUUUUCUUUUCGAUUAGCAAUUAUUGUACUGUAUAGGCAAACCUGAACACGCGCAUCAAGCGUGUCCGUGCGUGCGCAUCUGCUCGGCACUUUUAAAAAGCACCAUUCGCUACACACAAAUACAUAUAGAAUACCGUUUUGCAUGACGGUUGACGCGCACUCCAAGGCUCUUUUUGUUUUUGCGAAGUAAGUUGCGAAAAAGUGCAGACACAAACGAAUAACAAACAGCACACAACACACAGCGAAACUCUCAGGGUGGUUGUGUGUGUUUUCGGCUAUACGCUUCGCUGUAUUUUGUUACUCCAUUUUGUUAACAAGUUUGUUUUCUGUAGUUUUGAAAGUGUUUUCUUCCAAGAGGACAACGUUAUUUCAUUUUAUAAGUAUUUUCUUUUGUUGAAUUAAUUGUUUCGCAGGUUUAUUAUUUUUUUUAUUGCUAUUUUUGCAUCCUUAAUUUUCCUCAACAGAACUGAAGAGCGUUGUGUAAUAUUAGAUGUGUAAGGGUGCGCCACGAGUGAAGUCAGCUCUAGUGUUUUUUUUUCCGGGCAGGGUUUUUCAUUUGUUUAUUUUGCUAUGUGUCGUUUGAACCGUUGCAAUAAUGCUUCGAUAAUUAGGUAGAGGCGUUCGCGCUGCGUCAAGGCGGCAGGCUAGCUUUAGCGGCACUUGCGUCGUGCGAUGAUUGCAGGCAAGAAGAGUUUUGCAAAACAAUAUGGUUCGAAUGAGUACAACAAAGCUUUCGAAUUCCUUGUCCCCGGUGGUGUGUACGCGGUGCGUAGUGCCGAAGUUAUGCAGACAAAACAGCGGGUGCAUAUACAUAAAAUUAGCAAAACCCUACAAACAAACAAACAAACAAACAACAAUGCAAAGGGGAAAAGACUUUUAUGAUUUAUCUUUACAAAAUUGCGUAGUAGUUACUUUUAUUUGUGGUAUACUGUAAAUAAUAGCGGGUAAGGCUUGUAAAUUAUUUCAAAUAAAGCGGUUCCGAUGCGGUUUAGAAAAAAACGGAACGAUUAGCACCGAAAUAGAUGACCAGAUGAAAACAUAGUUUUUUUUUUCUCUCUUUCACGCAACAAAAAAGGUACCGAGAGUAGUAAAAAUGUGGAUUCAGUCGGUUAGAAUAAUGUUACAAAGCAAGCAACACAAGCAUUUGAGAAACAAACCUCUCGUUUGAAGAAUUUUCGAGCAGCGGAAAAGGGUCAAACGGAGAAGAGAAUGACAAGCUCUAGUUGAAGGAAGGUAAAAGAGAGCAGUAAAAAGCAAUGUAGAAAAGAUGUUGGGACAGUCCAAGUAUGAAGUUGCAGCAAGCGGAAGGGUUUUGAUAGGGCCAAAUGAUAGGGAAGAACCGACAGGACCGCAACGCGGUUGUAGGGGUGGCACGGUCGCAUAUUUUAAAUAUACUAGUAUGUAAGCAACAAAAUGGCAGGAAGGGUGGGACGAUCGCACGACGAAUCCCUCAACAUUCACAGAAAUAAUGUUAACGUGUAGCGUGUAGAGUAGAUUGAAUCGCGAUGAUUCUGGGACACAAAAGAAAGCGAAGACGACGAAUACGCUGCGAAUACCAGAGAGGGAGAGAGCAAUUAUGAUUUUACACGCGCGCAAUCAUCCAUCUACUUUGCUCGAGCUGUUGUGGAUUUUGGUUUGUUUGUUGUAAAGACGAACCCACACAUAUGAUGGCGACAGUGAGUGAAUUAGCGUACGAGCGAGUGAGAAAUGUACUACGUGUCAUUGAUCAAUGCUUUUUUUUAAUAAGCCGAAGCAAAGAAUGUACAACAAGAAAACCCUCUAUUAAGGAUAUAACCGCAACCACAAGUAGUAACCGCUCUUGGUGUCGAUAAUGUGGGUGUGCGUUUUUAAGAAGCCGUGAUGGGUCCAUUCGACACUGGGGGUAGGUUAGACAGUAAUUAAAUACGCUUUCUUCAUACACGAAGCCUCCGUUACAUUUGCCAACUUUGAGAGAUGUACAGGCCCCCCUUGGGGUCUGGUUUUGAGUUAACGUUUAAUUUGGAAACACUAAGCGUACACCCACGCGAUCUCGGCGUCUGUGUCUCGCGGUAUGAUAAAAUAUACAUGUUUGUGGAGUAUCGUUUGUUACUGUAAUUUACAAAACCACUAAGCUUAAAGAGAAAAGAGUACGUUAAAACACACCUCCUGUUCUCUCCGACAGUUUAGUUGCGGUGUGGUCGUGCUUCUGUGAAUACGUAGACCGCUGUCGAAUGUUUAGUGCUUUCGUUCCUGGUUACGGUGGUAACCGGAAAACCCCGUGUCAUUUUCUUUUGUUGUUGUUAGCAUUGUAACAGCGUCCUGGUUCCACAACCCGAAGAAACAAGCAGAAUCGAACCUAUUUCAUUAACUAUUAUGGUACGACUAGUAUAAUUUUAAUGCGUUAGCAAAGUGCUAGAUAGAGAUUGACAUAACUUUUCUUUAGUAGUUAAAUGUAAAUGAUACCCUGGAGUGGAGGUGGGAAAAGAAACAAUCGAGCCCCCAAAUCCCCAAAACAAUAGGAAAAACAGUUGCGCCAGAGAACUUAAUUAAUAAUGUGUUUUUGUUUUGUUUCUUCAAUGGUUUUGUUUUUCCAUUAUUUUUUUUUUGUGUUGAAAAUCAUUCAUUCUGCUGUAGAUGUGUUUAAACCGAGAGCACUGUAAAGCAAGCAAACAAUUGUAAAGAGAGGGAGAGAGAGACAAGAGUGAAAAGAAGUUAACUCUUUGCAAAGGAAACAAAAAUAAGGAAAAAUUAAACACCUCCCAAAUAGAAAAAAGAGGGGCGAGAGAGAAAAGUAAGACACAGUACGGAUGGCUUAUGUGUUAGUGGGGAUAAUAGGAUUGAUCCAGGGAAUUUGGUCCAGACAAAAUGAGGACCUUUGUGCGGAUAAUGUAAACAAAUACAAAACAAACAAAACAUUACAAAGCCACCAAUAGGGGAAUCAUCCCCACUCACACACACAUGCACACUCCGUGGAGUGUGCAAUGGAGAAGAAGUAAAAAGUUUGUAUUUUUCUUUUUGUCCACACGAAACAAAAAAAUACAUUUGUGAGAAAG